GGGGACCGGUCAUCGCGGGGAUCGCGGCUUUCCCGGUCAAACCCCGGUGGUACCGGGAGCUGGGUCGUGUCCGUCCGUCUGUCUGUCUGUCUGUCUCCUUGCAGGUGGCUCUGGGCCGUCCCCAUGGCGGAGAAUUCGGACUCCCGCGACUCGGACAGCGGCUGGGUGUUGGCGGGCAGCGAGGGUCUGCCCGUCGCCACGCUGGGUGCGGAGCGGGAUUCGGCCUCCCGUGGGGCUGAGGAUGAGGAGCCGGAGGAGGAGGAGGAGGAGGAAGGCACCCAGGACACCGUCACAGGCAGGCGGCAGCCGUGGGGACGGGGCAGACCCAGUGUCCCCCCCCGUGCCGUCGGCUCACUGCCGCUCGCUGCCUCUCCCCAGCCACGGCCGCCGCCGGCACAGCCGCCACCACCGGGCCAGACCCAGCACCCCGAGGGCAGCGGGACGGGGGACCCAGAGGAGCGUUGGGACCCCGGGGCCGCGCCCGCUCCGGAUGGCUCCACGGAGCCCGGCGUGCCGGACGGUGAUGAGCAGGAGGAGCCCGAUGUCGAGGCUGAGCCGGGACCCUGCCCUGACACCCCCAAAGCAGGGCCACCAACGGAGGAAGGGAGCUGCACCAGCAGCGACGACGACGUGGAGGGGCUGCGGCGACGGCAGGGCCAUGAGCCCCAGCCUGGGCCCCCCCAUCCUGCGCCUGCCCCGCACCGGGGGACACCGGACACCGGUGACGAGGACGGGCUCAGCAUGAGCAAGUACCUGCUGGGCGCCUUGGCGCUGGUGGCCGUGGGGCUGCUGAUCGUCUCCGGUGGCAUCUACGAUCCGGCGGACGACCCCGUGGAGAGCGUGCUGAGCCGGGACGUGGCGGCCGGGGAGCAGGAGUCACCGUUGCCCGCCGACGGCAAUGACUCGCAGCAGAAGCCCCCCCCGUCGGACGCCGGGGACCCCCAAAGCGUGCAGUCCGUGAGCCUCCUCCUGGACAAGCUGGCCAAGGAGAACCAGGAGAUCCGGCUCAUGCAGGCGGAGCUGCAGGCCCACAAGGAAGAGCUGCACGCCCUGCUGCAGAAGAGCGAGGGUGAGGCGGCGGCGGCGGCCGGGGCGCAGCAGCAGAGCCUGGCCGCGGAGAACGCGCGGCUGCGCGCGGCGCUGGAGCAGGAGGCCGCCGCGCUCCGCGACGCCCGGGCCGAGGUGCAGCGCCUGCGGGCUGCGGGGGGCACCGGGCAGCCGGGGCUGGGGAGCCAGCGGCAGAGCAGCCCCCCCGGCACGGGUGCCCCAACCCGCGGGGAUGACGCGGCGCGGCGGGACGGUGCCCGGCGGCACGGCUGGUUGGCUUCGGUGCGGCAGGAGCUGGUGGGUGCCCUGGAGAGGGCGCGGGGCCCUGGGGGUCUCGAGGGGCUCGUGGAGGAGCUGAGCGCCCUGGAGCAGCACCUGGGCCGGGAGCUGGAGGCGGCGGGGACCGAGCCCUUCCCCGGGCCCUGGAAGAAGGCGUUCAAGGCGGAGAAGAAGGAGAGCAGGCGGCACAAGCGGCACGGUGCCGGUGGGGGCCCCCCACGAGCGGGAGAGGAGGGAGCAGGGCAAACCCCACAGGCACGGCAAGGACCCCCGGCUCCCCGGGAGCACAAGCCGGGCAAAGCCUGGGGGAAAUCAUCUCACGCCCCACCCCAGCGCGGCCCCCACGAGCUGCGCCCGCUCAACCGGUACCGGGCACCCCAGGGCUGCUCGGGGGUGGCCGAUUGCGCCCGCAAGGAGGGCCGGGAGGUGCUGGGUGCCGCGCUGGAGCCGGUGCAGAAGGCACAGUUCCUGCGGCUGCUGGAGGGCUUCAUGGGGCGGCUGGGCUGGGGGGGCCACUUCGGGGGGCUGGCGGCGCGGCUGGACGGCGCUUUCGGGGCCGACGGCACCUUCGCCCACGACCGCCUGCGCUUCGUCGACUUCGUGGAUGACGUGGAGGAGCUGCUGGAGGAGGUGGCGCGGCGGGAGAGGGGCGACGAGGAGGCGGCCGACGGCUUCGAGGAGUACGUGCUGCGGCACUACGCCGGAGACGGCGGCGCCGCCGGGAAGGAGCGGGGCCGGAGAGCUGCGCGGCAGCAUGGCACGGGGGGGUAG